CUGCGCCUGCAGCUUGAGCUCAACCAAGUCAAGUCUGAGAUUGACAGGAAGAUAGCAGAGAAAGAUGAGGAGAUUGACCAGCUGAAGAGAAACCAUCUGCGAGUGGUGGAGUCCUUGCAGAGCAGCUUGGAUGCUGAGAUCAGGAGCAGGAAUGAAGCCCUGAGGCUGAAGAAGAAGAUGGAGGGAGACCUGAAUGAAAUGGAGAUCCAGCUGAGCCAUGCYAACCGCCAGGCUGCAGAGGCACAGAAGAACCUGAGAAAUACCCAGGGAGUGCUCAAGGACACCCAGAUACACUUGGAUGAUGCUCUCAGGACACAGGAUGACCUGAAGGAGCAGGUGGCCAUGGUGGARCGCMGAGCAAACCUGCUGCAGGCUGAAAUUGAGGAGCUACGGGCAGCCCUGGAGCAGACGGAACGGUCGAGGAAAGUGGCUGAGCAGGAGCUUCUGGAUGCAAGUGAGAGAGUUCAGCUUCUCCACACUCAGAAUACCAGCUUGAUCAACACCAAGAAGAAGCUGGAAACAGACAUUGCCCAGAUYCAGAGUGAAAUGGAGGAUACGAUCCAGGAAGCCCGCAAUGCUGAGGAGAAGGCCAAGAAGGCCAUCACAGAUGUGAGUUGGGAGGAGCUGUCCAAUGUCAACCUCUCCAAGUUCCGCAAGAUCCAGCACGAGCUGGAGGAAGCYGAGGAGCGGGCUGACAUUGCAGAGUCACAGGUCAACAAGCUCCGUGCGAAGAGCCGCGACUUUCAYGGCAAAAAAAUAGGAGAGGAAGAGUGA